CCCCCCCCCCUCUCUCUCUCUCUCUCUCUCUCUCUCUCUCAUAGCCUUUAAUCAAUUCCAACAACCAGACCAAACCAGAAAAAGCCAUGCCAUUUCUUAUGGAAACCUCAGCUUCAGCUUCUUCUUCUUCAUCUACAACAAUAGCAGAACAUCUAAAACUAAGAAGACCAAGCAGAAAUCAAAUCAACAUAACAGACACAGAUCCAAACCCAGUGCCAGAAAUCCCAUCUGCAAUCCAAUCCACUCGUUCUAAAUCCAGCAUUUCCUCUCUUUUCCUCUCCACUUUCUCCUCCACGAACAAUGAAACAACAACAACAACCUUAAAACCUACAAAAAACAACAAAAAAAAAGCCAACCCUUUUAGCCAGUCCACUCUCAGAGGACUUGGCUGCACCGCAUCUGCAUCACAGCAGGUGUCCGUGCCUGCCAUGAUACGUACAUCACCUGAUUGGGAAGCUAAGAAAGUUAAGAAGAAAAAGAAAACACAGCAGCAGGAACAAGAAAAGAAGAAGAAUAAGAAGCAAAGUAGUAAACUUGUUGGCAAUGAGAAUAAUAACAGUAAUAAGAUGCAUCAUCAACAAGGUGUGGUUUUGAACGAAGGGAGUGCUAAUAACAUAAGUUGUGGGGUAAUUCAUGAUGUUUGGUGUGGACCUGGAAUUGGGUUUUCAGCUGAUGCUGUUGGCUCCGUGGAUUGUGUUGUAGCAAGGAGAAAUGUGCCUGCUAGAGGGAAGAUUGAUGUUGAAAAGGCCAACCAUAGGGAGCGUUCUUGUAUAGCAAGGCGGACUGUAAAUCCUGAAACUCUCUCGUUUCUUGAUUCUGAUUCAGCCUAUACCUCAACACGUUCUGAACCUGAUUUCUUUGGAGCUAGAUACUAUCGCCAUGUUCGACAUUAUUCUCCAGAGGAUCUUGCUGAGAUAAUGAUGCUACAGAACAAUUUGCUAAUGGGGGGAAGAUUAGACUCAUGCGAUCGAUUUACCGAGUGGAGGCUUGAUAUUGACAACAUGUCAUAUGAGCAAUUACUGGAGCUUGGUGAUAAAAUUGGUUAUGUCAGCACUGGAUUGAAAGAAGAUGAGAUAAGUAGAUGCCUCAGAAAAAUCAAGGGCUCAAUUAUGAAUGAUUUAACACAAAACAUACCUAUGCAUGUGGAUAAGAAGUGCAGCAUCUGCCAGGAGGAAUAUGAAGCAGAUGAAGAGAUGGGGAAGCUAUAUUGUGAACACAGCUUUCACAUUCAAUGUAUAAAGCAGUGGCUUGUGCAGAAAAAUACUUGCCCUGUUUGUAAGACUGAGGCAGUAGCUCGAUGCUAGCGGCAGUAAUGGAUUCAAUAUAAACCUCGUAUUGGUGUAUAGAUUUUGCUCCAACUACAAAAAAACAAGGAUUCAUUUUGUUUUCCUUUUCUGAAAAUGUGUGAAGCCUUCAACUUCUGUUUGCUUCAAAAAUGAUGGGCAAUUCUUGCUAUAUGAAAAAAACCCUCUUCAUGAAAUCAAAUAUUAUUUUGUGAUUGUGUUGCAACUUGGCUCUUGCCUUGCCUAUCUCUUUUUUUCAAUUUGAUAUAAAUACUUGGAUUUUCCUAUUUGCCAUGUUCGGAAAAAUUAAGGUUUUGUUUUGUUUUAGUUUUUUUUUUUAAAGAGAAUUCGGAAAAAGUAGGUAAAAUCUCGAAGAAAUGUGACUAAAACAAUAAGCUAUUGAAUGCACUUGUGGGUUGUGCUUUGCAUCCCAAGUUUACACUGUAAUUCUCUCCUCGCAGCCUG